ACAUCACCUGCAGCGGCGACUUUUCGUUAUGAGAUUGACCGGGAAAAGGCAGACAGCAGGUGAAAGGUGGCAUGCGACCCAAAUUCCGGCUUUAUGCUGACAGAACUCGAUUGGAAUCCCUAUCCCGCCAAUUCUGAGCAGCGGAUGCAAGCCUGCAAGGGCGGCAGCACCAUCAUCGGCUCUGCUCCGAGAGUCGAGACAUGGCCCCUGAGCGUCGAAGUGAGCGUGUCGAGCAACGCCGACGGCGAAAGAUAGCGCUGGCAUGCGAGCCGUGUCGUGAGAGGAAGUCGCGGUGCGACGGAGCGAAGCCGAUCUGUUCCACUUGCCAGCGACGGUCGCUGCCGCUGCACUACUGCGUCUACACGCUCGAGAAUGCGCGGACAGCGAGUAACGAUGAGUACAUCAAGGUGCUCCAUGAUCGCAUCCGGCGGCUUGAAGAUGCCUGUGCCGAGCAUGGCAUCCCUACGCCUCCGCUCCAUUCCAUGGCGCCCAUGGCCGACGGAGAUGCAUCUGCGGCUCCGGCUGAGCCCACGCCGCCUCCACUGUCCUCCGGGCCGAGCCAGAGCGGAAGCAGCCUCCCCAUAGCGAACUCGGCGCCAAGCCUCCACGGCCAUGCCUCGUCUCCGGUGAUGCGCCAGCGGCUGCGGGAGGCGUCUCCUCGCCAUGAACGACUCGAAACGACUGAGUCGGCGGCCAGCGUCACGGCUAUGGGGACUGUCUCGACCGAGCAUGAUGUCUACCAGGCGUUUGAUACCGCGACUGAGUUCUACGGGAGCUCCUCGGCCGCGUCGUUCAUGAAGGAGGCCUACACAUCGGUCAAGCCGCACAGGCACACCACCACACAUCUAAACAAUGCUCCAUCCUUCCCGGCCAGCUUCGCGGCAUCUGACCUGUUCGGGAGCAACCCGUUCGCCCAGGUCGACAAGUUCGCUCUGCCGCCCCGCGCGCUAGCUGACCAGCUGCUGAACCGGUUCUGGGAGAGGGUAUAUUGGCUGCACCCCUUCUUCCACAAACCGACCUUCCUGCGGGCUUACGAGAACCUGUGGCGCCCGGUUCUCGACCAAGCUCCGGAGCCCUCGAUUCCUGGACUGGGACUUGGCAGCUCUCCAGGUGCCGACGCGGGGACCAUUGUGUUUCACUGCGCCCUGAACACCAUCUUCGCGCUUGGCGUUCAGUUUUCCGACCUCAGCCCCAAGCACAGGGCCGAAGCCACCGAGACCUUCUUCCACCGGGCCAAGGCGUUUGUGGGCCUGGACUUCACGGACAUGCAGAACGUCGGUGUUGUCCAGGCGUUUCUGCUCAUGGCCAUCCUCUUGCACAGCACUCCGUUCCCCAGUCGGUGCUGGAACGCCGUAGGCCUCGCGUGCCGUCUCGCUCAAGGGUUGGGCCUGCACACUGAGUCGGGUCGGACGUCUCGCCCUCCAUUGGAGACCGAGAUUCGGCGCCGGACAUGGCAUGGCUGUGUGAUUUUAGAUAUGAUCGUCAGUAUGAUGUAUGGACGGCCAACGAUGACCGCCCACCUGCCAGACUUGCCGCUCCCAGCAACACUCGAGUAUGAAACCGACCAGGAAACGUUCCAGCCGCAAGCAAGCGACGGGAAUGAGCCCUCCAAAAUGUGUUUCUAUACCGAGUACAUCCGACUCGUCCGAAUCCUGGGCGAGAUCCUCUCCAACGUCUACCAACCCUCCGCGGGAGGUGCCAUCAACGGUCCACCGUCGUCCUGGGAUGAACACAAAUCGCACGGAAUGGAUGCCAUCCUGGAAUUGGAUGAGAAGCUGUUAAGAUACGAGACGGCCUUGCCGCCAACCGUGUCCUGGAGGUCGCCUUGCGACAUGAACGGCGUCUCCGAGGAGCGCAGGCUCGUCAUCAUCACGCAGAGGACCGUUCUUCGGGGGAGCUUUCUCUACCUCCGGCUCAUGCUCCACCGCCCUAUUCUGACGCAGCUCUGCGCAAGGGCGGACUCCGCUCCUGGCACCGCUCCUGCUUCUCCAACAGAGUCGAGUGCCUUAUCAGCUGGCCAAGAGCUGUUCACAUCCUUUGCCGCGGGCUGCGCCAAGGUAUGCCUCGGAGCGGCCGCGGAUUUGAUCGAGCUUGUCCACAGCACAUACCUGACCAACACGACGGGUGGAUGGUGGUGGGAUGGUCUUUACGCCUUCACGGCAGGACUUGCUAUCAUCGUGACAUACCUCUGCCCCACACUGCUGGCUUCCCUGGACAGGCAACGUCUAGAGAGGUGCUGGAUGAUGUGCCAGGGCAUACUGUCACACUUCGCCUCCUUCAGCAUCUCGGCCCAGAGGUCGCUGAGGCUCCUGCAGAAGGUCCACGCAGAUGUCAUGUCGCGAUCAGCGGGUACAGAGCGAGAAGGCGAGGCUCCAACACGGCCUCCAAGUCGGCCCGCGGCCGCUGCGCCGGGGGGACCCCUCGACUUUGGUCCCGAGACAGCUGUGAUGCCGGCAGAAAAUAUGCCGCUGCCCCUGGGGAGCAUAUUCCAGUGGCAGGUGCCCGCUGCGAUGGGAGCUGAUAUGGCUAGCGCCGGGUUGAUGUUCAACUGGGACCAGUCGCUUGACUUGCUCGCCGGCGAGCUGGGGAUGGAUAUCUAUCAGUAACCUUGGUCUAUCGAAUAUAUCGGUGGACGCUCACUAUUCAAACAGACGAAGGGCUGUCAAGCAGGAGAUAAGCACACAACAAGUCAAGCAGAAUGACAGUGCAACGAUGACGGACGCUGUGACUACGUACUCCAAGGGGGUUUCAGGAUAUC